UCUUUUAAUUUCUUAGAAUCGCAUAUCAUUGACAAAUUGGCCCAAACCUUAUUAAGAUCAAAUAUCAUCAUAUAUCGUAAGAUUCGUUUUUGUCAAGAGACAAUCCCUUAUUAUAUAAGUAACACAAAGUGGUAGUAUAAAUGCCACUAGCAAGGGAGAGAGAACCAUCAAAUAUCAAGCUUGAAGAUACUAGUUUUUAGUUUGCAUUGUUGUUAUGAAAAUGGAUGCCAUAUUGGGCUCCCUAAUGAUUUUAGUAAUAACUUCAUCGGUACAAGCCCAAUUGAAAACUGGGUUUUAUUCCACUUCAUGUCCAAAUGCUGAGGCCAUCGUACGGUCCACCGUUGUAUCCCACUUCAACAAAGAUCUAACCAUCGCUCCUGGCCUCCUCAGGCUUCAUUUCCAUGAUUGCUUUGUCCAGGGAUGCGAUGGUUCAAUUUUAAUUGCAGAUUCUUCUGCGGAGAAAAAUGCAUUGCCAAACCUUGGUCUAAGAGGUUUUGAAGUGAUCGAUGAUGCAAAAUCACAAAUAGAUACCAUAUGUCCUGGAAUUGUCUCAUGUGCUGACAUCUUAGCAUUAGCAGCUCGUGAUGCUGUCGAUUUGAGUGAUGGCCCAAGUUGGUCAGUACCCACAGGAAGAAGAGAUGGGAGGAUUUCUUUGUCAUCUCAAGCCUCAAAUUUGCCUUCUCCACUUGACUCAGUUUCAAUCCAGAGGCAAAAAUUUGCUGCCAAAGGUCUAGAUGAUCAUGACCUUGUCACCUUAGUUGGUGCACAUACCAUAGGCCAGACACACUGCAGAUUCUUCAGUUAUCGUCUUUACAAUUUCACCACCUCUGGGAGUGCUGAUCCCACUAUAAACGUGGCAUUCUUAGCUCAACUUCAAGCACUUUGUCCGAAAAAUGGAGAUGGCUUGAGAAACGUGGCAUUGGACAAAGAUAGUCCAGCUAAAUUUGAUGUUAGUUUCUUCAAGAAUGUACGUGAUGGUAAUGGGGUUCUUGAAUCAGACCAGAGACUGUGGGAAGAUUCUGCUACUCAAAGUGUGGUGCAAAAUUAUGCUGGCAAUGUUAGAGGGUUAUUGGGGUUGAGAUUUGAUUUUGAAUUUCCAAAAGCCAUGAUUAAGUUAAGUAGUAUAGAGGUGAAGACUGGUACUGAUGGAGAGAUCAGAAAAGUGUGCUCAAAAUUUAAUUGAUGGCUUUAUGGUUAGUUUGGUAGUUUGAGUGCAAGUAAUAUAACUAUAAAUGAUAAAUAAUCAAAUAUUAUUUGAUGUUCCAAUCAUGUAUGAAAAUAUUAAAGCAAAUGAAAAUUUGUCUGAGAAUGACAAAAGAAAAAUAGACUUCGUCGCCUGAGAGAUUCGAACUCUCGCGGGGAAACCCCAUGUAC